AUGGGGACAAGAGAAUUACUGAGUAUUGGCGAGGGAAAUGGGUCACAAGAUGAGGAAAGCCAAGUUCUGCCUUGUGUUGCGGGGGUCUCCCUAAAAGCUUGCAUAACGAUUGUCAACAUAACAAAUCUUGGGUUGGCGGGAAAGAGACACGAAGAGUGGUUAGACCUGCAAAAAAAUGUGAAACGUGACUCCCUCAAUCUUUCUCCAUACUUACUUGGCCGUUAUGCCGUAAACCUCCUUGUCGUGCGCGAUCUUCACCACCUCCUUCUCGAUAUCCCAGAUCGUGCAGAUGGUGUGAUCGAUGCUGGAGGUGCCGAUCCUCCGCAGUGCGGCCCCGUGACUUUAUCGACCCCGAGAACUAGAGAACUAGCUGUUCCGGUUGUUGUUCAGCACGGCGGCGGCCGUCGGAAUAGGAGAUCUGCCGGACGUGGAGGAGGAGGCAAGCAAACAGGACGCAGACACUCCUUGUCGGGCACGAAGAUGAGCUUGGGUAUUGUGGUCAUUUGUUCUUCCAAGUUCCAAGUAGUCACUCCUGCAUGA